AUGCUGAUCGCGACGGAGGUGGCGGAUGGCCACAAGCGCUUUGGCCUUGUUCAGUACCGGACCCGUUUCACCGCCGCCAUUGUCCUUAUUCCACUUGCACUUCUACCACCACCACCAUCGCAGCAUUCAACUGGAAUAUCUGGCAAUAUGGACGUGUCCUGGCUCCCUCCACAAGGCCAAGCUGAAGUAAAAGUCGGCCCAUCUCUGGGACGCUGGCUGAGAGCUAAGAGGGGAGAGAGUAAUCCUCCGAGGAAGACCCCUGGUCGGAACUUCCAUCUUAUGCGAUACAACUUCAAGCCCGCGUCGGUAGACCCGAUGGCGCCCGGCACUAUCGAAACCAAGAAGGGAAAUAAAGGCGCUAGCGUCUCCGUUGAGCGUGCUAGUACACAAGCAGGCGAUAAUCAUCUGUUCCAAGGGUCCGAAGAGCCGGCACAGGAAUGGGAUUGUGUUCUCAUAUAUGAUGAAGAUCAAAACAGCUGGACGUUGGAAAAGCUGGAUACAAAUAUUACAUUACAGUACGAACGACGUCUUACAGGCUCAGCCGGACGCUCGAACGCUUCUCCUGCGGCCAGCACGCCUUCGCAAGCCUCUACCUCCAAGGAGCCUGUUCAGAUAUCGAGCCUUGACGAAGAAAUAGAGCGAGAACUGCUCGGCACAGAUGUCGAUGCGGACGGUGAGGUCGAGGACGACAUAGAGAAGGUCAUCUCAGCUGCGGUAGAAGCCAGCGCCUCGAAACCACCGCCCAGGAAGGAAGAAGAAGAGGAAGAGGAGGAAGGGGAGAUUCCCCUGUCCGCUCUACUGAGCGAUCCCCCUCGGAAGGGUGUUCCACCCCCACCGAAGAAACCCGUUGUAUCCGAGCCCUCUUCAGGAAGACUCCUUCCCUCCAAACCGCCAGCGCCAAAGGCCUCCACAGCCAAAUCUACUGCUUCCAAACCCCCGCCGUCGAAACCCCCCGCUUCCAGACCACCAGAGCCAAAGCCCGCCUUAUCCAAUCCCACUCCGCCUGCUCCCACCGCAUCUCACGCACCCUCCAAACCGACGCCCAGCCCUGCUAAAGGCAAGGGCAAGCGAGAACAUCCCGUUGACUCUGCUCCAUCUCGGACCAACGAUCUCGAAGAAGAGGUUCUCGAAUUCGGUGUGCCCGCCCGGCCCACGAAGCGGGCUAAGGCAUCACCCACGGAAGGGCUCGCCCUUCCCACCUCCAAAUCUGCUCCUGCUCCGAUUUCCUUGGCACUGCCCUCUCCUUCCACAGCCCCCUCCUUACCCUCAGCACCGCCUGCUCCCGUCACCUCUAGUGUUAUGCCAGAGUACUCGGACUCUGAAGAAGAUAACGACGAUGAUUGGGAGCCGGUAUCCGCUACACCCGUCCCCCCACCGGCCCCUGCUGAAGAGGAGGGUGGUGCAGAGGACGAGGGGAACGCUGAAGAGUUGUUCGACGACCUUCUGACCGCCGAGCUAGAUGACGUACUGUCGAAUAAGGACGACGACCUAGACUCGUUCGCAGCGGAGCUCGAGGAGGCGGCGGGCUCGCCUGCGAAAGUGCCCAUGAGCUUGAAUCAGCUCGCGGGCGGGGCGCCCCUGGAUGACGACGACUACUCAUCAACGGACGAGAGCGAGGACGAUGAUUGAUUGAAGAAUGCCUGCUAUAUUAUUAGUGCUUACGGACUUGGCGCAUUGUAUUUUAGGACUGCUAGCACUGUACUAUCAUUGGA